AGAUAUGACAUACGAUUAUGGCACAUGACUUGUUUGAACAACAUAACCUCAACGUAUAAUACAAAACAAAACGAAAAAUUAUUUCGUAACAUUAUAAUGAUUCUUUGACCUUUGAUUAAUUUCUUUAACCUUACGACGAUUCUUAACUCACAAAGAUGAUUCAGAACACUAAAGCUUUGUUGAAAUUCAUUAAAAAGGAUUUGAAUGUCCGUCAUAAAUCACAUUUAGAAAACCUUAAGGAACGUAUUACAAGUGGCCCGUCCCUUCAAGAUUUCAUCAAGAACUCAGAGCCUAUUCUUAAAGACGAUUCUGCAAAUUGGAAACAGUAUGAAGGAAAGUUGAGGCAAGAGAAAGGUGAUAAGGAAAGAUUGAGACUUCCUCCAUGGUUGAAGAGAACUAUUCCCAUUGGUAAAAAUUUCAGUAAGAUCAAAGAACAACUAAGAGAUUUGAAUCUGCAUACAGUAUGUGAAGAAGCCAGAUGUCCCAAUAUUGGUGAAUGCUGGGGUGGUGGAGAACAUGGUACGGCAACAGCUACCAUCAUGUUACUAGGAGAUACUUGUACCAGGGGGUGUAGGUUUUGUUCAGUAAAAACUGCAAGAGCCCCACCUCCCCCGGAUAAAAAUGAGCCAGUGAAUACAGCCACAGCUAUUGCCUCAUGGGGUCUUGAUUAUGUAGUUUUGACUAGUGUGGACAGAGAUGAUUUGCCUGAUGGUGGCAGUAAUCAUUUUGCAGAAACUGUAAGAGAAAUUAAAAAACAGAAUAGCAGCAUUUUAGUGGAAUGCUUGGUCCCAGAUUUCAGGGGAGACCUUGAUCAAGUUAAGACCAUAGUUGAUUGUGGAUUGGACGUAUAUGCCCACAAUAUUGAAACAGUCGAGACUCUGACGCCUUUCGUUAGAGAUAGGAGGGCUCGAUAUAGGCAAUCCUUAUCAACGUUAGAGGCAGCCAAAAGAUUCAACCCUGAACUUAUCACAAAAUCCUCAAUCAUGUUGGGUCUCGGCGAAACUGAUGAAGAAGUCGAACAAACUUUGAAAGAUUUACGAGAGGUUGGAGUUGAUUGCGUAACUCUAGGUCAGUACAUGCAACCCACAAAGCGACACCUUAAAGUCAUUGAAUAUGUCACCCCAGAGAAAUUUCUACAUUGGGAAAGAGUAGGAACAGAAAUGGGAUUCUUAUAUGUGGCCAGUGGACCUUUGGUGAGGAGUUCUUAUAAAGCAGGAGAGUUUUUCAUUGCAAGUAUCCUGAAAAAUCGAAGAACUAGUUCCGCUUAAAUUAUUUAGCAGAUUGGAACGGGCUACGUUGAGAUCUUUUGCUUUGACUGCCAUUUAAAUGAAGACAUAUUAGCUGCUUUUUGUACAAUUACAAUGUAAAACACAUGUUCAAAAUAAUCUAUUUGUGAAUAAAAAGUGUUAUUGUUUUAUGUAUAACAAUAUAUAUUGAAACUCUCAAUAGUGACGUCAUUCACUAUUCAAUAAUAACACCAUUUCAUCAUCUGCAUUCAGGUUAAUAUUGUAGUAGAAUAUUUAGAAAGUGAAAUGUGCAUUUGUGUAAAUAUAUACAGUGAAAAAAAA